AUGACAGGAUCUAGAUCCAACGUGCCCACGGCACCCAAAGCGAUGAAUAUACCUGGCCUCACUUUGGCGCAACCAGGCGCCGCGCCGCAGAAUGCACCCAAGGGCCCAAAGAAGAGCAAAGCCGCUCCCGAGGCGCAAAAAGGACACAAGGGUUCUAAGAAGAUCAAGAAGCCGCCUCCUCAUCAAGUGCGAGCAGGAGCAGCUCGCGCGCCACGCUCUCAAUCCCCUCCGAAAACUCCCAGUAAAGCCUCUGGAGGUGUCCCGGAGCCUACACCCCAGUACCUCGCCCAAGCGGAUCUUGCGCCAGAGCGUCUGCCACGACCACGCCGCAUACUUGUCGUUAUCGAUUUAAACGGCACACUUCUCCACCGCCCCAACAAGAAGCGUCCAUUCAACUUUGUCGAACGGCCCCAUGCGAAAACCUUCUUGACAUACUGUAUCGAGACUUUCCAUGUCGCUAUCUGGUCCUCAGCCCGUCCCGAGAAUGUUGAUAAGAUGGUGGAGAAGCUCCUUACGCCCGAACAGCGCGCGCAAUGCCUUGUUGUUUGGGGACGGGACUCUUUUGCUCUAUCGGCAGAUGAUUACAACACCAAAGUUCAAGUGUAUAAACGCCUUACUACGAUCUGGACCAACCCAAGAGUGAUGGAGGCUCACCCUCGUGCCUCCAAGGGAGGUUUAUGGGAUCAAACCAACACAAUUCUUGUUGAUGACUCGUUCGAGAAGGGUCGCAGUGAGCCUUUCAAUAUACUCACACUUCCAGAGUUCAGCGGAUUGGCUCAAGAAAUCCCGAACGUCUUGCCUCAGGUACACGACUACCUCAAUGAGCUAUCAUAUCAAGCAGACAUCAGUCGCUAUGUCCGACGAACACCCUUUCAGCUAGAUCCGGAAUAUGUCCUGUCGGAUGGACCGGAGGAGUUAUGA